AUGGAACACCAAAGAAGAUUGAACCCUAUAAUGAAAGAAGUGGUGAGAAAGGAAGUCAUCAAAUGGCUGGAUGCAGGGAUCAUAUACCCAAUAUCUGACAGCAGUUGGGUAAGUCUUGUCCAAUGCGUCCCCAAAAAGGGAGGCAUCACAGUGGAAAAGAAUGAACUGAUACCUGUGAGAAAGGUUACAGGAUGGAGAAUCUGCCAAGAUUACAGGAAGCUCAACAAUGCCACUAGGAAGGACCAUUUCCCACUCCCUUUUACAGAUCAGAUGCUGGACCACCUAGCAGGUAAAGAAUACUUCUGCUUCCUUGAUGGAUAUUCGGGGUAUAAUCAAAUUGCUUUGGCACCAGAAGAUCAACAUAAAACCACCUUCACCUGCCCAUAUGGAACGUUCGCUUUCAGAAGGAUGCCCUUCGGGUUAUGUAAUGCACCAGCAACAUUCCAGAGGUGUAUGUUCUCAAUCUUUUCUGAUCUAAUAGGUGAAGGAGUAGAAGUCUUUAUGGAUGAUUUUUUAGUACUAGGGACGUCAUAUGAUCACUGCUUGGACAAUUUAGAAGAAGUUCUUCAAAGGUGUCUGUCCUCUAAUCUAGUACUUAAUUGGGAAAAAUGCCACUUCAUGGUGAAAGAAGGAAUAGUCCUGGGACACAAAAUUUUCAGAGAAGGACUGGAAGUGGAUCAAGCCAAAGUAGAAGCUAUAGCAAAAAUGCCACCACCAGUAAGUGUAAAAACCUUGAGAUCUUUUUUAGGGCAUGCAGGCUUUUACAGAAGGUUUGUUAAAGAUUUUUCCAAAAUAGCUAGACCUUUAUGCCACUUAUUAGAAAAAGAUAUAAAAUUUGAGUUUAACUCUGACUGUGUGAAAGCUUUUGAAUCUUUGAAAAAUAAGCUCAUUACCACACCUGUCAUCCAACCUACAGAUUGGAACUUACCCUUUGAACUAAUGUGCGAUGCAAGUGAUCAUGCUAUUGGGGUAGUUCUGGGCCAGAGGAAGGACAAACUUUUUCGUAGCAUAUAUUAUGCCAGUAAAACUCUAAAUGAAGCUCAGGUGAACUAUUCAGUCACUGAAAAAGAGCUAUUGGCUGUAGUAUAUGCUUGUGAAAAAUUCAGGCCUUACAUUUUAGGAUCAAAAGUUAUUAUCCAUACUGACCAUGCAGCUCUCAAGUACCUCUUCUCAAAAAAGGAAGCGAAACCAAGAUUGAUAAGAUGGGCCCUACUACUACAAGAGUUCAAUCUAGAGAUCAAAGAAAGAAAAGGAUGCGAAAAUCAAAUUGUAGAUCAUCUGUCCAGAUUGGAACACAUUGAAGUGGGGCUACCAAUCAAGGAAACGUUCUCUGACGAACAAUUGUUUGUCAUUAAUCACAUAGAGACAAAUGCUCCUUGGUUUGCUGAUAUAGCCAACUUCCUUGCAGCAGGGCUGGAACCUUAUGAGGAGAAUAAAAUGCAGAAGAAUAAAUUUUUUCACGAUUGCAGGAACUACCUCUGGGACGAACCACUACUGUUCAAAAGAUGCGUAGACCAAAUGAUAAGAAGUGGUCUCAUUGAAGUCUCUAACCGAGAGGUUAAGAGAAUCUUAGAGAAGGUAGUUAAUCCUUCUCAAAAAGACUGGUCUCUCAAGUUAGACGAGGCAUUAUGGGCUUACAGAACAGCAUAUAGAACACCUUUAAGGUGUUCCCCGUACAGAUUGAUAUUUGGCAAAGCUUGCCACCUCCCCCUCGAACUGGAAUACAAGGCUUACUGGGCAAUCCAAACCCUCAACAUGGAUGAAAAAACAGCUGGAGAGAAGAGAUUGCUGCAACUCGAAGAGUUAGAGGAGUUCAGAGGGAACACAUACGAAAAUCAUAGAUUGUACAAGGAGAAGAUGAAGAAGUGGCACGAUAAAAGGAUUAGGAACAGAGAUCUAAAAAUCGGUCAGAAUGUGCUACUCUUCAACUCCAGACUCAGACUGUUCCCAGAACUUCAGAGCUCUGCUGCUCCUUCAAGGAACAAACCAGAAAGAGGAGUAAUCCUCCCCUCUAUAGCUCCCAACUUUGAGCUAAAACCCAUCAUGUUUAAUAUGAUCAGGGAGGCUAGAGUCUUCAAUGGACUCCCUGCAGAAGAAUCGUACACAUACCUCACCAACUUUCAAGAUAUUUGUGAUAAUUUCAGAACUGGGGGUGUGACAGAAGAGAGAGGAUACUUUUUCACAGGUUCUCUUGAAUCCAGAUACGAAAUAAUAGAAAGCAGUGUAGAAAGAUGUCUCCACUUGCCACUAGAAAGAACGAACCCAGUGAGGAAGCCAGGCAUGCUAGAAUUAGACAAGCAAACUGCAAUGGAAGCCCAACUGGCUGCACUAAUGAAUGAGGUGAAGAAUCUGAAAGCUGACCAAGAACAACCAAGAAUGGAAGUCUUACAACUUACAGCCACUGAGAGUGAACCAUGCUCAGCAUGUGGUGAUCAUCAUGAUUCAACAGACUGCCCAUCCAUAACCUUGGUAUGUUAUGCUGAAAAUUUUGGGAACAAAAACUUCACCCAGGCCAGAGACAAUCAACAUGCAGGAUGCAACAACAAUCAGAAUUCUGGAGGCACCAUAGUGAAAGAUUAG